AUGACAGGCAUCACACAUGUCCCUCAGCCUGCACGGGCCUCAAAUAAUGAGGUUGUGAUAGAGAAGGCUCUUCUCUCAGACGCGGAAGCAAUCAAGCAAAUUGUGAUCGCAGCCUACUCGAAAUACGUCCCACGGAUGGGCGGCCAAGAUCCGGCGCCCAUGACUGCCGAUUACCACACCAUCAUCGCGUCUCACUCUCAAGAAGUUUUCGUACUCCGCCGGCAAGAAGAUGGCAAAGUUUUAGGCUCAAUAUUGCUCUCUGACCAUGGGGAUGACUCAACCAAGGUGAACAACCUCGUCGUCGAUUCAGCGUCUCAGGGGCGUGGGUAUGGCAAGCUGCUCAUGACGUUCGCGGAGGGCGUGGCUCGCGAGAGAGGCUGUGCGGCGUUGACGUUGUUCACGAACGAGAAGAUGACGGAGAAUAUUGUGCUAUAUACUAAGAUGGGAUUUGUCGAGGUGGAAAGGAAGAUAGAAGAUGGUUACUCUCGAGUGUACUUUCGGAAGACGCUCUCAUCUUAA